GUGCCUUAUCCAGAAACUAACUGAUAUAGGAGUUGAGUCAAUAAUAAGAGUCCACAAUUUGUAAGUAAGUAAAUUCGAUAGGCCACAAAAAAGUUAUGGCAGACGAUGUAGCUCCAGUGUCGGGGAGCGGCAAAGACCCCCAGAUUAUACGAUUGGCACCUAAAAUUGGUUUAGCGGCAGGCGUUUCCAUUAAUGUCGGUAUUAUGAUAGGAUCUGGAAUUUUCAUCUCACCCAGAGGAGUUCUGGAAGGGGCAGGAUCGGUUGGUAUGACAUUGAUAGUGUGGCUGAUGUGUGGGGUAUUUUCUGGGCUGGGUGCACUGUGUUACGCUGAACUUGGCACUAUGCUUCCCAGGUCGGGAGGAGCAUAUGCAUACAUCAAAUACAUAUACGGUGAUUUGUGGGGAUUCAUCCUGCUAUGGGUUAGUAUUGUAAUGCUGAUGCCAGUGUCUUUUGCUGUUAUCGCAUUGACCUUUGCUUACUACUGCGUUCAACCUUGGUUUCCGGACCCUAAUUGUGACCUACCUGCAUCAGCAAUAGUGUAUGUCGCAAUAGCCUGUUUGGUCUUACUCACAUUUGUGAACGCUUGGAGUGUUGGCUUCGCAACCAGGAUACAGAUAAUUUUUACUGUUGCCAAGACAACCGCAUUAGGUUUAAUUAUUGUACUUGGACUCAUCCAAAUUUGCAAAGGAGAAGUUGAGAGCUUCAAGGAACCUUUCGCCAAAACUACAUGGAAUCAAAUUGGAGUUGCUUUUUAUGCUGGACUGUUUUCAUAUACUGGUUGGUAUAGUCUGAACGUGGUUGUGGAAGAAAUAAAAGACCCAUACAGAAAUCUUCCCCGUGCCAUCAUCAUAUCUAUCACGACAGUCACGUGUAUCUACGUGCUCACCAACAUGGCAUACUUCGCAGCAAUGUCUCCUGCAGAACUACUUGCAUCAGAUGCAGUUGCGGUUACGUUUGGAAGAAAGUUAAUGGGAGAUUUUGCUUGGAUCAUGCCAUUGGCAGUAGCGCUGUCAACAUUUGGAUCUGUGAAUGGUAUGCUGUUAUCGGAUUCAAGAAUCUUCUUCGUAGGGGCGAGAGAUAGACAACUGCCGACAUUUUUAUCCAUGAUCAACAUUCACCAUAUAACACCGACGCCCGCUCUGCUAUUCUCGUGUACAUUAUCGAUUAUUUACGUGUUUUCAAAUGAUGUUUAUCAGUUAAUCAACUACUUCAAUUUUGUCGCAUGGACAUCCAGCGGAUUUGCAGUUGGCGGAUUGUUGUAUUUACGUUGGAAAACAACUAUUCCUCGACCUUAUAAGGUGAACGUGGUUAUACCUAUUAUAUUUAUUGUAUCCUGCAUAGCUCUAGUCAUAGCUGGAACCCUUGCCGAACCGAUUGAUACGUUGAUAGGUCUUUCGAUAACAUGCACGGGAUUCCCAGUAUACUACAUUAAAGGGCGUAAGCAACCUGAGCGGAUUGCAUCUUUAUUCAAACGGGUGACAGACUUUUUGCAGAAAUAUCUUUUAGUAGUUGCUGAAGAACCAGCAACUUCAGAGAAAGCGAUUGAGCUGAAUACGGAUUAUGUGGUCACGGCCAACAGUUAUCGUACACGAAAGUUGGAUCUCGCCCUGACCUGAAAUCAACAUUAUAUUUUUAAUUACCGCACCGAAGAAACGUCAAUCAACUACAGGCAAUAUUCUUGUAGUGUAAUUAUAAAAUAUUAUAUAUCACGUGAAUAGUUCGUGAUCAAGGUACGUGGUUCAGGGGUCGUACAAUCGUUUCAGCUUUUGGAAUAUUCCAUUUCAUCACAAUGUGUGAUGUAGGUUACAAAAUACAAUAUGCACUGAAUGAUUUUGAUAUGAACAAUAGUUAUUAAAUGUUUGUAGCAACAAUAAAGUUUAUAAUAAAAAUUAAGACAUCGCUAACUGUAUUUAUUUUAUGUAUUUUAAGUCGGAGUAUAACAAUUACAUUCUCAUCGUCUAUUUAACACCCCUUCAAGAACGAUCCAUUACAUGGUACGUGCAAUCAGUAUCGUACAACGGAAAGAUUUUGCAAUACUACAUGACAGUUUGUUCCGUUGCUAAAUUGAAUGUUGUGCUUUUAGUUUAAGACAUAUGUAUACUAUGGCGGAGAAGGCAUAUAACGCUCAAAAGAUGACCAAGAAAAGACCUUCCACUGAUGAUAUGCAUUUAGUAAUGUGCAAUAUAGACGUAGGUGCAAAACGGUUAGCAAGGUCAGGACAUGUGAAAAUUGUACUGGAUGACAUCACCAUGCAGCAAAACCAAUCUCCUCCAGCAGAGGACAUUAAGAAUGAUUCCAGUGAUCAAGAUUCAGUUUGGGGACCCAUCUUCAAGAACCGCGAGACUUUUGUGGAAAUGCAUCUCUUCUGAAGUGAAAACUCAGAAAUAAUCAUCAUCUUUAUAAAGUAUUUUUAUUGCAUGGUAGUGUAGAUACUGUGCAUUCAGAAAGUCAUCAAACAACGUUUAGUGGAACUAUUGGACUGAACAUAUACGCCAAAUUUAAUUUCCUUUGUGGAGCCUUGCAUCCGGUUUUCUGAACAUAGUUCAGCACGAAAUGACAGUUUGUUAUGGUGCUGAACUCACUCGCCAAGUGAUCUAUAAGGACAAGUAACAGCAACAAUCGCUAUACUAUAUCGUACGUUAUAUUUUGAGAAAAUUAUUAUAUCCUUUAACUCAAAAAGACAUGUUAGAUUAUGUUUUAUAAAAGUGUCAUUUAUUGAAAUUUCUUGAUAAUUCUAAUAAAAAUUGUAUUUGAUUUGGGAAA